AUGUCUGGGUCUACCGGCGAGCUUGCGGUGCUCGUGCAUGCUACUACAUGGUCUUUGUUCUUUCUAGCAACCGUUUUCCUUGGUCUCAGGAUCUUCAGUCGCAUACGAAAUACAGGUGUUGGUCUCCAGGCAGAUGACUGGGUGUUAGUAGCAGGAUGGAUCUUCCUACUGCUAGCCUCCGCCAACGUUUCCUGGUUGAUGAGUGUCUUCUUGAUACCAGGAAACGUACUGAAGAUCACCCUUGCUCGAUCCCAUCAUAAUCUGCAAUCCGUUGCUCUUGGCCUCACAAAGACGUCUUUCGGAAUCACGCUCCUGCGACUGAUGCCUGGUGGGUGGGAAGCGAAGUUGAUCUGGGGUCUCAUCAUCACGAUGAACUUACAAUUUGCCGUACAUAUUAUUGCGACAUGGCAAAUGAUAUGCGGUGCACCCGACCAAUGGCAUAUUGGUGGAAGCAACUGUUGGCGUUUGGAUCAAUCAGUGACAUUUUCGGUCUUCAGUGCUCUAUACUCGGCGCUUUGCGACUUCAUCCUGGCCCUUCUACCGUGGAAGAUGAUAUUCAAUCUGAAGAUGAAACGAUCGGAAAGACUCAGCGUGGCCCUGGCUUUGAGUAUGGGGGUACUUGCAGGAGUUACAGGCAUUAUGAAAGCUGUUCAAGGGUACAAGCUGCUGAGCGUGAGGUCUCCAGACUAUAUGUACAACCAAGCAGUAUACUGGAUCUGGUCCAUGGCCGAACCGAACGUCACUAUCAUCUCCGCGUCGAUACCCGUGCUGAGAGGUUUCGUUCGCAGCGCUCGAAAACGAACAGAGUCAUCCCCUGGUGCGGGAGCAUACAUCAAAACCGGAGAGCAGAGUAGCAGGUUCUACAACCGUAGCGUAGUUACGGCGACUAGGGCGGAGCCUCGAGAUCAGGAUUCUGCCAGCGACAAGAGCAUCCUGGGGAAAACUCCUCGGGAUGGGAAUACUCCGGCCGCUGGUGGCAUCGCGUUGACGACUGAAGUCAGUGUUGAGUACGAACCUCGUCCCAAGACUGGGGUUCUUAUGAGAGAAGACGAAGUCUCCGGGGAGUUUGAGAUGGGUCGCAUAGUGCCUGGCGAUGCGAAGAAGUAG